AUGAUCCCAAUAUCUUAUCCUUCUCCCAGAGUUUCACAACUUGAUGCUGGUAUCUUGGACUCGGAAUUAUUUUCAUUAUUGAAGGAACAACUUUCGUCGAUUUUUCAACUACACAGUACAAGCAGAUACUCAUUUAGUCAACACCCGGAGCUAUAUUCAUUGUUACUUAACUUAUUAAUCUUUAGACUCACGGUCUGGAAAUCAGGUUCAUCUUAUGGUUCUUCUUUGCAAAAUUUAAAGUUAACAGAUUCAAGAUCAGGGAAAAUCAUAGGGAGCUCUCGAAAAGCUUUAUUAGGAGCUGUUAUUAUUGGUGGCUAUUUGUACAAGAAAUUGGAAUCAUACCUCUUCUUCUUGGAUGAAUCAUCUACCCAAAAUUCACAUUCAACUUUGGACAAAUUGAAAAAUUACUUGUUGAUCAAUAGAACAUCAAUUCUUUCUGGAUUGGAGAACUCUUUGAAAAUUGCUAAUUUGGUCAACUUUACAUUUUUUUUAGUAAAUGGACAAUAUUCAUCGUUGGUUAAUAGAAUAUUGGGAAUAAUAGAAACUCCAAUAUCAUCGGAUUUGUUGAAAUUCAAUGGAAGCAAUGUAAAUUAUGAGUUUCAAAAUAGACAAUUGGUUUGGAAUGUCAUGACUGAGUUUCUUGUAUUCAUUUUGCCAUUGUUGCAAUUACGGAAAUUGGGUAGAAUGACAAGAAAACUAUUAGGAAGGUCAAAGAAUUCAUUAGACGUUCAAUCAGGGAACGUUCCAACUUUGACUUCAUAUACAAAUUUACCUGUUUCAGAAUGCGCCAUAUGUCAUGACAAUAACAAUCAGGCAUCACAGACGGGUGGUAGGACUUUUCCAUCUGCAGGACCUGUCACCAAUCCUUAUAUUACUAAUUGUGGACAUGUAUAUUGUUAUGUGUGCAUUUCCACGCGGUUCAAUAUGAUUAAAGUCAAUGGUGAAGAUAUGCCCUGCCUUCGUUGUGGUAAAAGAUUGGAAUGGUUUGAAGAAUUUGGAUUAGCUGAUGGUGCAGUUGAUGAAGAUGCUAUUGUAUUGAGUUUUGAAAAUGAUGAAAGUGACGAGCAAGAAGAGGAGCUGGACGAAGAAGGUAGUAUAACAAGCGAAAAAGAAGUCCAUUCUUAUGAACCUGAACUCAGUCAAAACCGAAUUCAGAGACACUUGAGUGAGCGGUCAACAAUUUUUGACGACCAGAGUGCAGAUGAGUUUAGUGAGGAUGAAUAUAGUGAAGAAGAGGAAUUCGAUGCUGAUGAAAUGAUGUAA